AUGUCUGGCCUGGUUUCCGACGAAAUUGCCGAGGACUACAAGAGUUCUCUGGAGGAUCUAACCACCAACGAUGGAAUUCAGAUUCGUACUCUGACUGUCAUCGCCAAAGAGAAUACCGAACACGCAAUGGCUAUCUCCCGGGUCCUGGAGAACCACAUUCGAACAACACCACCCCUGCAGAAGCUUCCAGCCCUCUAUGUAGCCGAUUCCAUCGUCAAGAAUGUUGGAAGCCCUUACACCCUCUUCCUUGGCAGGAACAUGUACCAGACAUUCAUGAAUGUGUAUACUUUGGUCGAUGGAAAUACUCGAAGGAAGUUGGAUGAGAUGCUCAACACGUGGAAGCAGCCGGCUCCAGGUUCCCUGGACACACGCCCAGUCUUCCCUCCCGACAUCACACGCAACAUUGAGACUGCUCUCAUUAAAGCUCGCACUGCAGCUUUACAACAACAACAGGCCAGGGCUCAACCAGACAUACUCGGGCGUAGUCGUGGAAGUGGAACUCCGACUGGGUGGACCAACAGCCCUACACCACCUCAGAACAUGCCUCGGCCUCCGCAAAACCAGUUCCCCAACAAUGGUUCCAAUUCGGCACCUCCCCAGACUCAUCGACAUGAUAUUGAUUUGAGCUACCUCAAUCGAGAUGUGGAUGCCUUGAUUGCUUCUGCAAAGAUUGACUUUGCUAACAGUCCUUUUAACCCCGUCUCUCGACAACGCCUAAAGGCAUUAGUAGAUCUUCAGGCCAUUCUACAGAAACAACAGCUCGCCCCAGAUCAGUUGAAACUUGUCCGCGAUCAAGUCUCAGCGCUUGCUGCCACAAGACCGCCGUCGGUUGCCCCUAACGCUGCUACGAAUGGCUCAGUAGUGUCCACUCCGCAAAUUCCGACGCCACCAGCGCAACCAGUCUCGCAGCCUCUUCACCAGCUAUUAAACCAGAACACUCUCGCCGAGCUGAUAAAAGCUACCGCUUCGCGUCAACAAUCCACUCCACCACCUCAAAUCCCAGCAGCGUUGCCUCAGAUGCCCCAAUAUCCUCACCAAAGCACCCCUCCACAGCCAGCGCCGGAGAACCCUCUGAUUGCGGCCUUGAGGGCACGUGGUCUUCUACCUGGUGGGCCGACACCCUCACCUCUUACGCCUUCGACUUCGACGCCAGCGUCUGGAAGAUCUAAUUUGCCGUUCAUCUUGCCCCAUGGACUGCAACCUACACCCUCAAUUUCGUCUCAAGCUGCAAUUCCCUCCAAUGGAUCCUCUGGAGUUCCUAUGAACACCGCGUCUAUGAAGAUCCCUCGAUUCGGACUCAUUGUCUCUCUUUAUGAUUCCCGACCAAACCGAUGUGGAACUUGCGGCCGUCGCUUCUUAACCACGGACGAAGGCAAGGAAAUGAAGGCACGACAUCUGGACUGGCAUUUCAAGACCAAUCAGCGCAUGACCGAGUCCUCCAGACGAGCUCAAAAUCGCAGCUGGUAUGUUGACGAAAGGGACUGGAUCAAAUCUCGAGAGGCUGGCGACGUGAAUGGCGCUGCGGACCCCCAAGCUGCCGCCGAAGGGGCUGCAGAUGGGGAUGGAAAUAUCAAACAAGAGCCGCCAAAGCCAUGGAUUCGAGCUCCAAACGAUGCGACUCUCCGCAAUACCCCUUGCCCCAUCUGCCAGGAGAAGUUUGAAUCGACCUGGUCUGAGGACGUUCAGGACUGGAUCUGGCAAGAUGCAACCAAGGUCGGAAGUCGUGUGUAUCAUGCAAGCUGCUAUUCUGAAGUGACCAAGGGCCCUGCACCGACACGUCAAACACGGACCAGCACGCCCGACUCUGUCUUGGGCAAGCGGAAAGCUGAAGGGGAAUCUCCAAGCCAGAAGACACGCAUCAAGACCGAGAUGUGA